GUUGUCUUGGUCUGUAUAAUGCUUGAGAAGCAAAAGUCGAUGUAAAUCAAGCGCUAAGCUGACACCGACACACGUAUACAACAGUCUGACCCGGAAAACGACCCGAUCAAAGGAAACAUGAGUAUGAACGGGAAGGUUGCCGUAGUAACGGGGUCGACCAGUGGAAUCGGUUACGGGAUUGCCACAGCUUUGGCGUCACGUGGUUGUACUCUAAUCAUAACGGGGCUGGCUGACCAAGAUACCAUUGACAAGGUCAUCACAACCAUCAAAAGUGAACACAAGGUGGAGGCGACCUUCGUGCCAGGAGACCUACGCUCUGUGACGUCAAUAGAGAACUUCUGUAAACAAGUGUUGGAGCUGUAUCCUGGUGGAGUGGAUAUACUGAUCAACAACGCUGGAGUCCAGCACCUUGACCUGGUAGAGAACUAUCCGACAGAGAAAUGGGACACCAUGGUCGCUGUGUCACUGUCCGCACCAUUCCAUCUGAUGAAAGCGUUCCUUCCAGGCAUGAAGGCCAAGGGCUGGGGAAGAAUUGUCAACAUGUCUUCCCAAAUGGGGUUCAUCAGCGGGCCUGGCAAAGCUCCGUACAGUGCUGUCAAAGCGGGCCUCAUAGGACUAGCCAAGGGAGUGGCCUUGGAGGAAGCAGCUCAUGGAAUAACCUGUAAUUGUAUAUGCCCGGGCUUUGCAGAUGCACCAAUAUUUACAAUGACUGCUGAGAAGUUAGCCAGGGAACAGAACAUAUCGACAGAAGAAGCAUUGAGGAGAGGCUUUGCGAAAAAUCCAACAGGAAAACCAGUCAAGAUCUCGGAGAUUGCAGAGCUGGCGAUGUUCAUGUGCUCGGAUGCUGGAGCGAGUAUGACGGGGUCAGCUGUCGUCAUGGACGAGUAUGACGGGGUCAGCUGUCGUCCUGGGCGAGUAUGACGGGGUCAGCUGUCGUCCUGGGCGAGUAUGACGGGGUCAGCUGUCGUCCUGGGCGAGUAUGACGGGGUCAUGAGCGUCAUGGAUGGUGGACUUACGUCACUUUUAGAGAUUUCACCACAGAGUGUGCUAGGACUACCUCUUAUACAUGUAUAUUUUAGGAUGAUAUGUAAACUUAUUUGGUUGAACUUAUAAACAAACUACAUCAUGGUGUUUUGUGAUUAUUGUCUGGUUGAUAUUACAUAACUUGGAGAUAUUUAUAUCGUGUGUUAUAUUAUACAAUUAACUAUGUAUAUUUGGGACUGUUGUAUAUAUAUUAUGUUAAGGGAGAGAGUCCCAGUAACCUGUGUUUGUCUCCGACGAAGGAGAGUUCCGUUCAGAUUUUUUCUGACUUGGAAUGUAGCUUCCCAAUUUACAGUGUACUGUAGUAGAAUUGUAUAGGGUAGAAUAUAUUUAUUAUCAUUAACUUCAUAAAACUGGCAUCUUUAAUUUGGUUUGAAAGAAGUUUGUUACAUUACUGGAUAUAUAUGUAAUGUUCUUGCUACUUAUUUAAACCAUUUGUUGAAUGUAUGAUAUGAAGAAAAUAAAUUUAAUGGCAAAAGUUUCGGUGCUCUAUUCCAUAGAUAUUACAUAUAUUUGUUGUUUCCAGAAUAAAAUCAUACGGUGAAAAUUCAGAAUGUGUUCCGUUAUAAACUAAA